ACCGGUCGGGAAGACUGAGGAUCAGCGGGACAGUGGCGUGGGGAUUUCUUGGUGUGUGACGGACGAAGGCUUUACUGGGAUGUUAUCUCGCCCUAUUUUUCCAGUACGACUGUGAUCUUUUUCUACUCGCUUCUGUUCCACUAAAGACUGCAGUGGAGAACACAGUCGAGAGGGUGAGCGACGUAAGCAGGACGCGGAGACAGAGAGACGAGAGAAGAGAGAGAGAGAGAGAGGUAGAAGCUCGCGACUGUGAAGUCUUUUCAAAAAUCCGUUUGAAAAGCUUCUGAAGGCGUCCACCCAUGAAAGGUGCUACUGUGGAUUUUCAGGAGUGUUUAGCAGCCUUCAAACUCUGCCUGGAAUGAUUUAUUGGAAUAAUUAGACUUUCCGCCCUUUCGCCUGGGAUACUUUAUCUUGCUGUGGAAUUCCUCCUGAUACACCUGCUCGAGGACAAGGCAAGGAGGCACUGCUGGGAGGAAGAGGUGGGAAAGAGAAGACAAGAAGCCCUGAGAGGGGAGGGGGGAAUCGUUUCAGUUUCUCUCGGAUGGGAUUCUUUCCUCAGCCCGCGGAUGGAGGGAUGAAACCGGGAGAAAAAGACGGGGAGAGAGAGCAAAAGAGAGGAGGAAGAAGAGGGGGAUGUAGUCGUCGGGCGCUGUGAGAAUGCAAAACGGACGCACCCCUCUGGAAGAAAAAUAAACCCAUACGGAAUUAACAACCACCCUAAGGAUAUUUCUCAUACUUACCUUGAUAUAUAUGGGGCAUAUUCUCUUAUCUGGAGCCUAUUUGUAUGGAGUUACAACUAAACUCACUGUCUUUCUAAUUAUGGGAUUUCGAGAGACAAUUUCGCACUGACUCCUCACGAAGGAACCGUAGCAUCCGGAAAGAGAGAUUGAAACCUGAAGAAGAUUUUGGACUUUAUCCCUCAUCCAAGAUGGUAUAGCCGUGGUAACAUGUGAAUCCUGAGGCAGAGCAUCAUCCACUUUUACAUCUUUGAAGGUGUCGUGUCCAGGUGGGGUGGUAACCAUGGAGAGGCUGUUGCUGUGCGUGAUGCUGGCAGUUGCCAUGGCAGUGCGGGCACAGAUCUGCCCGAAGCGCUGCGUAUGUCAGAUCCUGUCACCCAACCUGGCAACCCUCUGUGCCAAGAAAGGUCUACUGUUUGUACCGCCUAACAUUGACAGGCACACAGUGGAGCUACGGCUAGCUGACAACUUUGUCACAAGUGUGAAGAGGAAAGACUUUGCAAACAUGACACGGCUGGUGGACCUAACAUUAUCCAGAAACACCAUCUCCUACAUCACACCUCAUGCCUUUGCUGAUCUGGAAAACCUCAGAGCACUGCACCUCAAUAGUAACCGUCUGACGAGGAUAGGCAAUGAUACAUUCAGCGGGAUGUCGAAGCUUCACCACCUGAUUCUGAACAACAACCAGCUGGUGCUCAUCCACCAGGGAGCAUUCAACGACCUGCUGGCGCUGGAAGAAUUAGACCUCAGUUACAAUAACCUGGAUUCUAUUCCUUGGGAGGCUAUCCAGAAAAUGACCAGCCUCCACACAUUGAGUUUAGACCACAACAUGCUGGACUUCAUCCCGGAGGGAACGUUUUCCCUGCUACAGAAGCUCAACAGGCUGGACGUCACGUCUAAUAAACUCCAAAAGCUGCCACCAGACCCACUUUUUCAAAGAGCACAGGUCUUAGCUACUUCAGGGAUCAUGACCCCUUCUUCUUUCGCGCUGUCAUUCGGGGGGAACCCUCUCCACUGCAACUGUGAGUUACUGUGGCUGCGAAGACUGAACAGGGAGGAUGACCUGGAGACGUGUGCUUCACCUCAACACCUCUCCGGUCGAUACUUCUGGUCCAUUCCUGAAGAGGAAUUUCUCUGUGAACCACCUCUUAUCACCAGAUACUCCCAUGAGAUGAGGGUGCUUGAAGGGCAGAGAGUUGCACUCAGGUGUAAGGCAAGAGGAGACCCAGAGCCAGCAAUCCACUGGAUCUCUCCCGAGGGCAAACUGGUCUCGAACUCCACCAGAACAUUGGUUUACACUAAUGGGACUCUUGACAUCCUAAUUAGUACUGUGAAAGACACAGGCUCCUUCACCUGUAUCUCCUCUAACCCUGCUGGUGAAGCCCAUCAGACAGUAGACUUGGUUAUUAUAAAACUCCCACACAUCUCCAACAACACAAACAACAUCCAGGAGCCCGACCCAGGAUCGUCAGAUAUUUCUACGUCGACCCGAGGCGGAGCCAAUGGAAGCAAUGUGACGGGUGAUGUGAAGGGUGGAGUGGAUAAGAGAGUGGUGACGGCUGAGGCCACGUCAUCAACGGCUUUAAUCAAGUUUAACUUCCAGAGGAAUAUUCCAGGAAUAAGGAUGUUCCAGAUACAGUACAACGGGAGCCAAGAUGACUCACUGGUUUACAGAAUGAUUCCCCCAUCCAGCAAAAACUUUCUGGUCAACAACCUGGCGGCAGGAACCCAGUACGACCUCUGCGUGCUGGCCAUCUAUGAUGAUGUCAUCACCUCUCUGACAGCAACUCGUGUGGUUGGCUGUGUGCAGUUCACCACCGAGUCGGAGUAUAUGAGGUGUCAUUUUAUGCAGUCUCAGUUUCUCGGUGGGACCAUGAUCAUCAUCAUCGGAGGGAUAAUAGUGGCCUCUGUGCUCGUUUUCAUCAUUAUCCUGAUGAUACGGUACAAGGUGUGCCAUCCUGGAGAGGGAGGGAAAGGCGUUUCUCUGUCUAUGACCAAUGUUCACUCACAGACCAACGGCUCACAGUCACAAGGAUGCACGGUGACUCCCAGCGCCUCUAAACACGGCUCAAUUGGAUUAGACGACCUCUCAGGGGGCUCAAAGAAAAGGAGCGCGGCAGGAGGAGGAGGGGGGAAGGAUACCAUGACUCAGUCCUCUGACUCUUCCCUGCCUGACUGCUCCACAGCUACAUCCAUUCUGAGCCAGUCUUGGGCAGCCAAGAGCCCAACAGCUGGAAGUGGGGAGCGGGAAAAAGCGGGUGAUGAGAGAGCUAGCGUCUCUUCACCCACAGCCACCAACGGUUCACUAGCCAAGCCAAAGCGGAAGCCCGCACCGAGUAAGCCAGGCUCAGUAUGCUCAAACGCCUCAGCUACUCCUGAAAACCUCACCUCCCCUUCCCCUCGCCCUCCUUCCUCGUCCUCCUCAGCUCUCCUCCCCUCAUCCACUCCUCUGGAGAAUCUCAACACCAACCGCAAUAACUCAACAUCUCUCAACCAAACCCCACCCCCCUUUGCACCGUCCCCUUUCUCCAGCCCUAUUGCCACCCCAAGCCCCGUCCCCUCCGUCCGAUACAGAGAGACGCCCAUCCUGCGCAGGGCUCCUCGAGCCGGCUCCUCGGUCUCUGCCUCCACCAAGUACAAGACUCUUCCAGCGGAGGAGGGAGGAAGGAGCAGGGCAAGGAGGAGGUACUCAUUCAGUGAAGGAGGCGAUUCAAAGACUCACUCAUCCCAUCAGGGUGGAGGGGGAGUGCCCAAAUUAGGGCGCAUAAUGCGGAACAAAAGGAGCCAAUCAAUGAGUGGGAUGUUACUCCCAAAAGAUGGGGACGGGGACUCAGACAGAGGGCGGUGCGAUUCGGACUGGAUUCUAGAAAGCACCGUCUGAACUUGAAUGAGACAGCAACCAUCAAAAAACUUUUGUUUAUUCAUCAACUUUUGUAUGCAUGUGUGAAGUUCUGUGUGUGACUGUGUGUGUUGGUUUGAAUUUGUUUUGAAGUGUGUGAGAAAAGUGUGUUGGCAUCACUUGAAUGCCUGUGUGUGUUAGAAUGUGUGUUUUUCAGUGUGUGUUCCUGUUGAAAGUUUUGUUUAUAGAUGUGUGGGUUGAUUGAGUGUUUCUGAGUGAAAGUGUGAUUGAACUUUUUUCUUUUUUUUUUAUCAUUUUCAUAACUUUUCUCCAAACUCUUCUGUUCGGUUUACAGAUUUUUCACUUUGACAGUUUCCUAUCCGUUUUCACUCAAUCAUUCAGCGAACUCGCGUUGUCUCGUAGCGUCCUCGAGUUGUCUCAUUGGUUCCACUUAUAGCACAAAAAGAAAACAAGACAAUGGGUACGCCACGUCAUUUUCCAGAAUCACUGUCACCUUAUCUGAAAAAAAAAAACACAAAAAGGGAAUUAUUACAGGAAAAAAAGACGUAUAAAAAACAAUAAGGAACUUGAAAGCACACCAUUCUUACAUUCACACACCCGUUGGAAGUGUGUAUCAAUACGGUGGCAAGAGAAUAGCAGUCGGUGCCUUCUUUUGCACUAACAGACCCUCUGACAGGUGAUGUAACCGGACUUUCCAUCCAACCACAAACGAAGGAUUAGGACGGAGGGGCCAAACAAAGGAAGAGAGAUUUCACUAAUAGCCUUUCUUACCUACUGAGGAGUACAGAUGUUUCCUGACAUGUAGACAAACACAAACUGAGACAAAAAGUAACAAACAGGUGAAGACUUUAACAGACCUCUUAUGAAAUUGAUAUUUUUUAAAGGAAAGGAAAAAAAAAAGAUGAUUAAAAACCCUGUGAGCUUUUCACUGACAUUGGUAUACUGCAGCCUGUGUUCGUCACAAGCUCCUGGAAAGCUUCUGUACAGAAAAGACAACAUGUACUGUGUUGUUAUGUUGUGUAAAAUAAAAA